ACCGCUAAAAAACCGGGUUCUCGUUUUGAAAGAUUGAGAGAGACGAUCUACAAAGGAGGACAGGACCCGGCACGAAUGAGAAGAAGCUUACACGUGUCCAAUCAGGAUUGAACGAUUUAAUCAAGCUUAACCGUAUGUAAACCGGAUUUUAGCUGGGUCCACAAGUAGUCAAAUAUAGAUUUUUUAAUAGUCAAAUAAUUUUCAUAGGGGCGAAGUUCAAGAUGAGUUACUACACUCAUCAAAGCUCACAAAAAGAGAAGAGAAGAGACGAGGAUCAAUCACCAUUCUCAUGGCUUCAGCUUCUUUCUCUGCGGUUUCUUCGCUCUCGUAUCAAUUCCGUUCAAAAGAAGCGAUCUUUUCAUCGAAAGCUUCCUGUUUUAGCUCGACGGCUUUAUCAGGAAGGAGAGUGUUUGGAUCUAUCAAAGCAGCUCAAGUGACAAGCCAUGAGAAUCCUAGAAGACGAACUCAGAACGUCGAAGGAGAUAUAUUUGUUGACAAUACUUGUAUUGAUUGUGAUACAUGUCGUUGGAUGGUUCCGGAUUUAUUCACUCGAGUGGACAACAUGUCUGCGGUUACAAAGCAACCAACUUGUAAGGAGGAAAGACUGAAUGCUCUUCAGGCCUUACUAUCUUGUCCGACGGGCUCUAUUCGCACUCAAACUCCACCUGCUGACAUAGGGGAAGCUCAAGAGACCUUUCCACUUGUAGUGGACAAAGACACACUUCCUGGCGUUUUUCAUUGUGGAUUUCAUUCCAAGAAAUCGUAUGGAGCAACUUCUUACCUGAUCCUUCAUCGUGAGGGAAAUAUACUUGUUGAUAGUCCUAGGUACGUGGAGAAACUUGCUGGAAAGAUCGAGAUGAAGGGUGGUGUUCGCUACAUGUUUUUGACACACAGGGAUGAUGUUGCAGAUCACAAGAAAUGGGCAGACAGAUUCAAGUCUACCAGAAUUCUGCAUUCUGAUGAUGUUGAACCUUCGACCUCUGAUGUGGAGUUAAAGCUGGAAGGAAGUGGACCAUGGAGUAUCUAUGAAGAUGUCGAACUUAUACACACUCCUGGUCAUUCAGAAGGAUCAGUGUGCAUGUUCCAUAAGUCCCUCAAGGCAUUAUUCACUGGCGACCAUGUAAUAAUGACCGAAUCUGGAUUGAGCAUUUUAGAGCAGUACAAUCACGGUUCAGUGCCUCUCCAGCUCGAGAACGUAGAAAAAUUGAUCAACCUGGAUUUCAAUUGGCUAAUACCGGGACAUGGAAGAAGAGUACAUUUCAAAGAUGGAGACGAGAAGGCGAAGAAUCUGGAAGCACUUGUUCAGAAGCACAGAGAGAAACAACUUGUUUCCUUUAGCAAAUCCGGGAAAGCUUAAGAUAUGUAUGCUGAUUCUAAACCGGUUAAUCAAACUAAACCAGACCGAAUGUCUCUACGGCCUGACUGGUCUAUGUGUCAGUUAGUUCCCACGCGAGUGAUGUAUUUAUUUCUACGUAACAUUGUGAACCUGCUUAAACGCUUACUAGAUUGAAACGAAGACCGUGAGUAAUAAAGUCUCCUCUUUCCUAGUGCAAGUAUGUCAGCUAAAGUGUUGCUGUGUUUUUUUACGAUAUUUUUCAUGUUAUUCGGAAUGUCUUAAAUCACAAAAAAUAUUCGACUUUUCACAAGC